AUGAGAUUUUGGGUUGGGUAUGAUUCGUAUGAAAAGUGAAAACCAGAGGCUGAAGUCCAUGGUUUUCUGAAUUCUAACGCCGCCGUUCGCAAAUUGAAUUUCGUUUAGUUUGCCUUUUUCAAAUUUCUAUGUUUUAUCAAAAAUAAUGACACGCAAUUUGAAAUGCUUUAUCCAUUUAAUUUCAGAUACUUAUAUGAGAAUAUAGAAAGAUAAGAAAAUGCAGAGCGAGAAUAUAAAAACAAAUAAAUAGUGAAAUCCUAAGUGCGAGUGAGGACGAAGAUGGUAAGUGUCUGUAUUAAUAUGGCGAGGAAGGCAAGCUGCAACUAUACUUGCUGAGCAAGAUUCUCUAACUCAAUCCUUUCUCUCCUUACGAAAUUGAACCCGAUUCACUCGGAGUUGCUCAAUCGCUCUGACCUUCGGAUGCAGGGUUUACUGUGAUUUCUUCAAAAUGUCUAUGCUAUCAAAGUUACGUUUAAUAACUGUUGAUGUUACUGGCACGCUAAUUGCGUACAAAGGGGAGCUUGGUGACUACUAUUGCAUGGCAGCAAAAUCAAUUGGACUCCCAUGUCCUGACUAUAAACGAGUACACGAAGGUUUUAAAGAUGCUUAUACGGAGAUGGCAAAGAAGCAUCCAUGUUUUGGAUUUGCAGAGAAGAUACCCAACAUUGUUUGGUGGAAGACAUGUGUGCGGGAUUCUUUUGUCCGGGCAGGAUAUGAUUAUGAUGAAGAAACAUUUGAGAAGAUUUUCAGACGCGUAUAUGCCACCUUUGGUUCCUCUGCACCAUAUACUAUCUUUCCAGAUUCACAACCAUUCCUGAGAUGGCUUCGCGGGAAAGGUGUUAUUGUAGGAAUUGUGAGCAAUUCAGAGUAUAGGUAUCCAGAUGUAAUCCUUCCAGCAUUGAGUUUACAUAAGGGAUCAGAGUGGGACUUUGGCGUAUUCUCAGGUCUCGAAGGUGUGGAGAAGCCCGACAAAAGACUGUACGAGAUAGCCUUGGAGAGGGCUGGCAACAUUGCACCGGAAGAGGCUCUUCAUAUUGGAGACAGCAUGCGCAAGGACUAUAUACCUGCAAAGAGUGUGGGAAUGCACGCUCUAUUGUUAGACAGGUUUCAAACCCCUGAUGCUCAGAAUUGGAGGAAAUCUGGUGCAAUUGUGCUACCUGACUUGAUUGCUGCUCAACAAUGGCUAUCUUCUGAGCCACAGAGUUGAUUGUAACUUUUUCAAAUAAAUUAUAAGCCAAACACAUUUCUUUCUUAUUAUUCUAUCCGAGUUGUAGCAGCAGGCCUUCUAAUGAACACUGUUUUGACAAAUGAAUCUAUGGCAUUUUCUUCUCUUUUUUAACCAA